UGGUUCCUUAACACACAAUAUCAGCUCAAGUAUUUUUUAUAAGUUUUCUUGCUCUUCUCAGUUCCAAUUUUGCUAUGGCUUUUUGCAGUAAAAACGGGUUAUUUCCUGCAGCUUCCAUUUUGCUUGUUGGGCUGUUAAUGUGCAGUACCCAAAUGAAAGGAGUGCAGUCGGUUGGAGUAUGCUAUGGAAAAAUUGCCAACAAUUUACCAUCAGAGCAAGAUGUCAUAAAACUAUACAAUGCUAAUGGCAUUAAAAAAAUGAGAAUCUACUACCCAGAUAAAAACGUGUUUAAUGCACUCAAAGGUAGUGAUAUUGAAAUAAUUCUUGAUGUCCCAAAUCAAGAUCUUGAAGCCCUAACCAAUCCUUCAACUGCCGAUGCUUGGGUGAAAGAUAAUGUAAGAAGUUAUAUCCCAGAUGUUAAAUUUAAAUAUAUAGCUGUCGGAAAUGAAGUUGAUCCCAGUACAAAUACCGGUCAAUAUGCGCAAUAUGUUGCUCCCGCGAUGGAGAACGUUCACAAUGCAUUAUCAGCAGCAGGGUUGCAAGAUCAAAUUAAAGUCUCAACCGCGACAUAUUCAGGGCUAUUAGCAAACACCUAUCCACCCAAAGAUGGUAUUUUUCGCGAAGAAUACAAAAACUUCAUCAAUCCCAUAAUAGGAUUUCUAGCACAAAAUAACCUUCCACUCUUAGCCAAUAUUUACCCUUAUUUUGGCUAUACUGAUAACCCUGCUGACAUUUUGCUUUCUUAUGCAUUGUUCAAUCAGCAAGAAAAAAAUGAUGCAGGAUAUCAAAACCUUUUUGAUGCCCUUUUGGAUUCUAUGUAUUUUGCUACAGAGAAACUUGGAGGACAAAAUAUUGAGAUUAUUGUAUCGGAAAGCGGUUGGCCUUCUGAAGGAGACCCUGCAGCAACGAUAGAAAAUGCUCAGACUUAUUAUGCGAAUUUGAUUAAUCAUGUAAAAGGAGGUGCAGGAACUCCAAAGAAACCUGGAAAGACAAUAGAAACUUAUUUGUUCGCCAUGUUUGACGAAAAUCACAAGGAAGGGAAAAUCAGUGAGAAACAUUUUGGGCUCUUUUAUCCAGAUCAGAGGCCUAAGUAUCAACUCAAUUUCAAUUAAUAUAGCAUAUCUAUUUAAAUAUAUAGUGAUAUGAAUUGUAAUAAAGAGAAAUGGUGUAUCUUUCUCCUCAAUAGAAAAUGUACCUCUUAUAUCUCCUUGAUAUCAAUAUGUUUUACUCAGAGUUGUCAA